CAGAACUUCAGAAAGGAGAAGGAGCCUUUCCUUUUCCAUCACUUGACCUUCACAAGCCCGUGCUUCCGGAUACUUGUUACAAAACGGACAAAACAUUCCCGCUAGCCUGCUUCAUCCUUCCUAAGACCUGCAGUCAGGCACCAAGAUCAUUCUCUUCCCCAUCUCACGGGAAUCUCUGGCUAAAUUCACUCUGAAACGUCAACUAAUUUUUACACCUGGUCCUUUACCUCUGGCAGCUCAUCAGAUCAUUAGGCACAGAGCCAGGCUGCAAAACUUGCCCUCCCGACAGCGUGGGAACGUUUAAGUAUCUGGAAUUUGGACUCUGCUCUGCGCGUAGACAGUUCUCUAAUGAGAGCUAAGCAGGACUGGCCUGACCACAGGAGGAUCUGGCAACACCUUGCUAGUUGCGGGAUUUUCCUAGGUGUUGAUGAUAUAGCAAGGCGCUGGUAUAAACUACCGCGACCAGCCCAUGGGCACGAGCGCUCGGAUCAACCGCCCCCGGUGCAAGCAGCCGUUCCGCAGACCCCACGUGCACGUGCAGCAUUUCUUUGAGACAGGAGGAUGCCUGGGGCACCUCUUUUGUUCGCUACGCUGCAGCAAGCUGCACUGCUCUGUGAAUCUUUCCCGGUGAGCUACGUGAAAGCUUGCUUGUCGUUCUGGGCAGCUGUGAGAGCAGCGAGGAAGGAGGAUCGUCAGCACUCAGGCAAUUUAAUUGGUGUCCCCAUUGCAAAGUGGAGCAUUAUCAGCCCACAUGUAUACAAACCCUAAGCUGCUGCCUUAGCUAGGUCAGGUGUAAACAGUGCUGCAUGUGCACAUGCAUUAGAGCUAUGGACCAGCAAAACCUGAACGGGAGUCUGACCGCACUGCUGGAAGAUAAAGGUGUCCUUGGCACUUUCCUUGAAAAUACUGUAAGACUGGGAGAGGCACAUCUCUGCGCCAAGAAUGUGUCAUCCUUUUAAUUCUGUAGAUGGAGGCCUGACUAGUGAAAUCCUCUGCUGGCUAUGGGGACAAGAUGCCACCAUCCGGCCUUGCCAAUAAACAAUCCAGAUGGCAGAAAUUAAAAUGUUUUCUUUACAGGAAUUGCACUUUUAUUACUAGACCCACUCCCUGGGAAACAGAGACAGCAUGCAAGAAAUACCUCUCCUUCCUAACAGAUCUUUCUUCAGAAAUUCUGGUUUGGGGGACUUUUGCUUUUGGCAUGGGAAAGGAGGAAGUGGGUGCCUCUUUUGUAAAGUCUGGGGAUUAUCUUUCAGCAGGAGAUUGACAGAGAAGGGACCUACAGGUACUGAGGCUGAUACUGGUCAUUCUGCAGCAAAAAACACCUGAGCAGCCCCCACUGUCAUCCAGCAAAAGCCCUGCUUGACUAGCAGGACCCACAACAAAGACCAAGCCAGCCAGGGUCUCCUGCGUGUAGAACCCCAGAAAUGCAGCUGUUUUCCUGUCCCAGCUGCCGCCUGAAUGUAAAUGAGAUGGUAAGAGCAAUUUGAAGGAAAUCGGCAGGGUGCCAGCUCUCUCUCCCGGCCCAGAAGACCGUUUGCUUGCAGGAAAGCGCCCGAGGUCCACGCUGGAGCUGAGCAUGGCCCUCAGAUGAAAAGUAAAUCCAUCUAAAAGGAGUUUCCCAUUUCUAAUUUUGGAAUUCUUCCUAACUCUGCCAAGCUCAGAAUACCAAACAGAUGAGUUUUCUGCUUGUUAAAUAGAUGAGUUAACCCCACAUUUCUGUUUACCUCAACACCAUUGCCUGGAGCAGUUUCGAGGCUCUACUGAUGUCUUUGCAAAACUAGCCCUGGAAUCAGCACCAAGCCUCAGUUUUAUUUAUUGUGUGGAUAGUGGAAGGGAGAAUUCCCUGACACAUCACAGCUUGGCCCACGCGCUUUUCAUGGUCCUGUGGCUUGGGGCUGGGCUGAUGCCAAAGCUUGGCCUUGGCCCCGCCUUUCUCCUCUUUUUAAAGACUGUAAAAAGCAGUCACUGUCAGAUGCAGACUUUGCAUUUGCUGCUCCACUGCUUCCUCUUUGACUUUUCAGAAAAAGGAGAAAGUGCUUCAUGUCUUGGCGCGAACUCCUUCCCCCCUGGCUGGUGAUCGGAGCAGGACUGACGGGCAUUGUGCUACUUUGUGUCUCCACUAAAGAUGUGCCCACCACCCCUCUCAGGACCAAGUAUGGCAUUAUUCUGGAUGCUGGCCCAUCCCACACCAUCCUGUUCAUCUACCAGUGGACUGCCAACAAAGCAAACAACACCGGGGUGAUCAGGGAAUGUAGCUCCUGUACUGUGCAAGGUCCUGGAGUCUCCAGCUACUCCGUUUCUCCUCAGGAAGUAGGGAAGAAUUUGGAGCCAUGCUUACACUGGGCCCAGAGAGAGAUCCCAGCAGAGCAGCACAGCCAAACCCCCCUCUACUUGGGAGCAACUGCCAGCAUGAGGCAGCUGAACCUUACCAAUCCCACCCUCUCUGACGCUCUUCUUGCGGCCCUGACUGUAGCCCUCAAGUCAUCCCCCUUCGACUUUUGGGGGGCACAAAUCCUGUCCAGCCUGGAUGAGGAAGCAUUCAACUGGGUUGCUGUUAAUUACGUCCUGGAGAACUUUGUCAAGUAUGACUGGCGAGGACAGGUGAUCCCCUCCAUGAAGGGGACAGCAGGAGUCCUGUCCUUAGGAGGAACCUCAGCACAGCUCAUUUCCAAGAUGGAAGAAAAGAACCAGGCACCAAAAGGAGGAGUGAGGCUGCAGCUGUACGGGCAAACACACAAGGUGUAUGCUUACCAGUGCCCCUGCCACAGCACAGACCAGCUCCGCAGCAGGCUGCUCUCCAUGCUCAUACGAGAUCAGAGAAAUGUGAAAACUAUAUAUAACCCCUGCUGGCCCCUCACUUACUCCCAGGAAGUGCAAUGGCGUUCAGUGCAUGCUGGGCCCUGUGCUAUCAGUGAUGACACAUUGGGAACCCCCAGCCCUGAGGAGGUGUUCAAUGUCACCGGCUCCAGCAAUUCUACUGCUUGCAGGAGACUCGUGCAAAGUCUGCUCAACUCUUCUGCUUCCUGCAGCUUCUUCAAGCAUUCCCUCAGCAGUGUUUUCAAGCGUCCCUGGACCAAGUUUCUGGUGAUUUCUGAGGCCCUGGACUUCCUGAGAGAGACUGUACCCUCUCCUGACUUGGGUCAGGCAGUCAACAAGCUUUGUGGGAUGUCUGUCAAAGAGCUAGUCAAGGAAUCCCAGACAAGCUUGGAUACACUUGCCGAUUACUGUGCUGUGUCCACCUUCAUCUUCCAUCUGAGUACAAAGGGAUACACGUUUGACUUUCACAGCUCUGUUCGGAUUGUGUUCCAGGAAAAGAUUGGUGACAUAUCAUCUGGCUGGACUCUUGGGUACCUGCUGAAUCUCACCAACACUAUCCCCCAGGACAACGCCAGCUUCCUCAAGGGGAUUGAACCAGGGGUCUGGUCUUUGCUCCUCAUCCUCUUUGUUGUGCUGCUCACUGGCUCUUUCAUGCGCAUUUCAUACCGAGUGAUGGUCAAGGAAAACAGCUUCAGUAACAGGAACAGCAGUGUUUUUGAUGACAACUGACUGUUAUUCUAGGACUGGACGCUCUUGUGAGAGGUCACUUAACAAGGUACAUAUAGAAGACACACAGGUGUAACUCAGUGGAAGAUGCGAGGGAUUUUCCUGCAAGACUCCAGACCUCAGUGCCUUAUUUCAACCUGCUAGCACUUGCACUACUGUAAAUAGAGAUAACAGAUCUUGCUCUGUAGGAAGCCUGAGAUUCCCAGUGGAUGGCAAGCUGUACGUUCUCCAAAUGAUCAAAUGAUCAGCUUGCACAGAUCUUGCUUGGGCUGCAGCUAAGAUUACUAGUGUCCACAUGAUGGAACUAUACCCUUGCACAGGCCCUGAGCACUACUGUAAAGUUAAUAUUGAAUAAUUUUAUCCGGUCAGAAGAGGUGUUUUCUGGAAAAGGUGUUCUGUCUCUUCUCUGGCCACAAAAGAGAGGAGCCCUGCAAUGUCUCCAGUAAUGAAGACUGAAACAGCCUUAAAAUACAAUCGGAAUAAAACAGCCAACUUGCUUCCUUGUUCUAAGGGAAAAAAGCAAUUUUUUUUUUCCCUGCGACUGCUGAUCUUUUUUCCCAUCUUAGCGACAGUAUGCCUGCCAACCUCCCUUCCAAGGAAUGCUCCUACUGAGUGAUAAUCCUUCAAAAACAAUGGUCCCCGUUUGGUGGUAAUGCUACUGCUAUCUGUCUUAUCAGUGUUACAGUAGCAUGCAGAGGCCUUGGUGGAGAUCAACACCUUCCUGUGGCAGCAGCUCUGAAAGUAUGUAUUAAGAGAAUCUUUGCUCCACAACAGAAGAUGUACGGAGCACCAAAGGAAGACGCACAACUGAGUCCCUGUCUCUCAGCUAAGCCAUGGUAACUCAAGAUUACUCUUGUCAACUUAAACUCUUUCACCAGGGGUUAAAUUAACGUAUUUUAUCUCACAUUUGCUAAAUCUGGGGACGUGCUUGGCUGAAGUUCACCAGUUCAUUCACUUGCCCAAAACUGCCUGUCAUGCUGACUCUGGGAGGUGAAGUAUCUCAUCUAAUACUGCCCGUUAGAGAAGAGCAGACCCAGGAACAGAAGGUGAAUUUCUAACAAGGUUACCUUAUAGCCCAAUGCUCAAGAGUCCUCUGGGAGUUCUAGCUCCUCUGGUCUACUCUGCUCAUCUAACAUGCGGGGCAGUACAAGUUCCCAGCGUUAUUGUGAAGAAAAUGGACAGACUCAGACAAAUACUGUCUUUUUACUAAAGCAAUUAGAGUUCAUUUCUCAGAUAGUUUCAGUGACUAAAACACCCAGGCUUUGUUAAGAGCCGAAGGGAUGAGUGCCUCCAACUCAUUUCAGACUACUUUAACCAUGUUUAAAUGCUUAGAGAUGCAGUAAUGUGCCUUGUAGGAUUUUUAAAGCUACCACGGUGCCCAAAUCCAUUCAAAUCUGGUUAUUAACCCUUUGUGCUCCUAACUCACAUACAGGAACUCUCACUCAUAAUAUCCGUGAGUGUACUCAUAUAUUUUCAAGCCAUUGGAACUUGUCAGUCAAGUUUAGAGGGGUGUGGAAGCACAUUUAAAGACGCUUCAUAUUAAUUUCUUUGAGUUGCACAUUACA